CUUCAGUGUGCCCAGUCGUCCACAGCUCACAACCCGCGGAUUUACAAUCAACAAUUGACACAUAUUUCUGCCCAGGGAUACCUUUCAUUCCCAUCGGUAUAUUUUCUAAAUAUGAGGUGGUUCGUGUCUCCAACCAUGGUCUAGCUAAAACCUCUGGAGCAGCAGCAGCCCGCUAGCACUGAGCCAGGAUGUCCAGUAGCUCGGGCUACCCCCCCAGCCAGGGGAGCUUCAGCAGCGAGCAGGGCCGCUACCCAUCACAUUCUGUCCAGUACACCUUCACUGGCGCACGCCACCAACAGGAUUUCACCGUCCCAGACUACCGGACUCACAUGCAAGAUCCACAAGGUCGAAGAAGACCGUCUUUACUGUCUGAAUUCCACCCUGGAACUGAACGGCCUCCAGAGAGACGCCAUGGUUACGAACAGCAGUUUCACUCCAUCUCAGCCCAGUCUGAGCAUGAUGCCUUGGAGGCUAAACGGCCUCGCAUGGAGACUGUUUCUGAGUCCCACAUCACCCGCACGGCUCCCUCCGCCGGGGGUAUCGUCCUGCCCUUAACUCACACAGUACAGGACAGCCUAAGAGCCACUGUGGAGGUCAAAAAGGAGUCUCAGUUUACUGUCAAAGUGGAGUCCCCGUCCACAGGAGGUCCAUCACUACACAUGGGUGAUGAUCAGGACGGUUCUCCUUCCAAACUAUCCAAGGAGGAGCUGAUCCAGAGUAUGGACCGUGUGGACCGGGAGAUUGCUAAAGUGGAGCAGCAGAUUUUCAAGCUGAAGAAAAAGCAGCAACAACUGGAGGAGGAAGCAGCAAAGCCAGUGGAGCCAGAAAAGCCAGUGACCCCUCCCCCAGUGGAGCACAAGCAUCGCAGCAUAGUCCAGAUCAUCUACGACGAGAACAGGAAAAAAGCUGAAGAGGCCCAUAAAAUACUGGAAGGUCUUGGCCCUAAGGUCGAGCUGCCCCUCUACAAUCAGCCAUCAGACACAAAGGUGUACCAUGACAACAUCAAGACCAACCAAGUCAUGAGGAAGAAGCUGAUAUUGUUUUUUAAGAGGAGGAACCAUGCUCGUAAACAAAGGGAACAGAAGAUCUGCCAGCGAUACGACCAGCUGAUGGAAGCGUGGGAGAAGAAGGUGGAGCGGAUGGAGAACAACCCAAGACGCAAAGCCAAGGAGAGCAGAACCCGGGAGUACUAUGAAAGGCAAUUCCCUGAGAUCCGUAAGCAGAGAGAGCAGCAGGAGCGCUUCCAGAGGGUCGGACAAAGAGGAACGGGCCUUUCUGCAACAAUUGCAAGAAGCGAGCAUGAGAUUUCUGAAAUCAUAGAUGGCCUUUCUGAGCAGGAGAACAACGAGAAACAGAUGAGACAACUGUCAGUCAUCCCUCCUAUGAUGUACGACUCUGAGCAGAGGCGAGUGAAGUUUAUCAACAUGAACGGCUUGAUGGAUGACCCAAUGAAGGUGUACAAAGCCCGCCAGUUCAUGAAUGUUUGGACCGAACACGAAAAGGAGAUCUUUAAGGAGAAGUUUGUCCAACACCCCAAGAACUUUGGCCUGAUUGCCUCUUAUCUGGAAAGAAAGUGUGUUGCUGACUGUGUCCUUUAUUACUACUUGACCAAGAAGAACCAAAACUACAAGACGUUGGUGAGGCGAAAUUAUGGAAAACGGAGAGGAAGGAACCAGCAAAUAACACGUCCCUCACAAGAAGACAAGUCACAAGACGACAAAAACGAAGAGGACAAAUCUGAGAAAUCUGAGAAAAAAGAGGACGAGGAAAAGAAGGACGAGGAAGAGAAAGAUGAAAAGGAGGAUCCCAGGGACAUUGGCAAGGACAAAGACAAGUGUGACGGUGGGGAGGACGAGGACGGAAAGGAGCAAAACACGCCGCGUGGCAGGAAGACUGCCAACAGCCAGGGCCGCCGUAAGGGAAGGGUCACCACACGCUCCAUGGCCAAUGAGGCUGCAUCUGUGGCGGCUGAGGAGGCACCUCCCCCUGCCCCGGAGCCUGCCUUGCCAGAUCCUCCGCAGCUCCCCAAGUCUGAUCCAAUGCAGAAGUCCAUGAAGGAGCCUGCAAAACCCCAGACUCCAGUAGCUUCCAUGGAUGCUAAUAAAGCUGGUGCUGGUGAAACCGGAGAAACUUCUCGCUGGACCGAGGAGGAGAUGGAGGUCGCCAAAAAAGGGCUAGUUGAGCAUGGGCGAAACUGGCCUGCCAUUGCCAAAAUGGUGGGUACCAAAAGCGAGGCACAGUGCAAGAAUUUCUAUUUCAACUACAAGAGACGUCACAACCUGGACAACCUGCUCCAGCAGCAUAAGCAGGACACACGGCGGGCUCGUGCUGAUAGGUCUCAAGGUGAAGGUCUAGCCACAGCGUCACCUGAUGAUGACGAUGAUGAUGACAAUGCAGAUGACAGUGAAGGCGGUGACAACAGCUCUGAUACAGAGAGUGCUCCCUCUCCCUCUCAGUCUGGCGACUCCAAGAGGGCAGACAGCAGUGCGGGAGAUGCUCAUUGCUCUGAGCAGGACAAAGGUCAGCCCAGUAACGGAAAGGCCCUGGAGCCCUUGUAUGGAGGACUCUGUGUCAAGGAAGAGAAGAGCCCAGAGAGUGAGACUGGAUCUCAGGAGGACAAGACCAGGAUGCAGUACGCAGGCUCAGUGCAUCCAAAAACUGAACCUCAGGAUGUGGACAUGAAGAGCGGAGAGGUUCAGGUCAAGAUGGAGCCUGAGAUCAAGGAGAGAGGAGAAAAGGGAGAUCACGGCGAGAGGCACAGGGAGCUCCACUCAGAUAAUGACUCCAGCGCCACCUGCAGUGCUGACGAGGAUGGGGAAGCAGAGCCUGAAAGACAGAGAAUAUUCUCCAUGGAAAAGCCUUCAAUGCUCAACCCUUCAGGCUCUGUCCUGGUGUCCUCACCCAAACAAACCCAACUCAACAUCCAGCAGAUGCAGGAGCGGGCAGCUGCUAUCCCACCUAUGGUGCCUGGUCAUUUUGGCCCUGGUGGUGUGCCCAUCAGUGGCUUUGCCAUGUUGCAGCACCAGAUCAAAGCAGUGCACGACUCAGCGCACCAAGAAGAGAAGCAGAGGCAGGAUCAGGGAGUCCUAGAGCGCAGACCGCCCUUCAACACCCGCAGUCCCACUGUAAUAGACAGAGAUGGUAAGCCCUUAACCUACAUGCCUUAUGACAUGAAGCUGGCUCUGGACCAGGAGGCCCUCUCUGGUCGGCCAGGCUCUCCCUACAGACUCUCCCCCAGGGAGCUGAGCAGGGCCUCACCCCAGCCUGACCCCAACGCCCCCAAUGUCUCCCGCUACAGUGUGCCACCAGUUCUCCACCCUGCCCCCAACCAGCUGGUCCAAAGUAUGCAAGAUGGAGUCCGGGUGACGUUCAGCAGACCCAGCCGACCUCCCAACAUUCCCUCUCCUCCUCCACUCAUUCCAACCACCAAGCCCACGGACAAGCCCUCCUUCAUCCAAGGAGGCUCCAUCUCCCAGGGAACCCCUGGCACAUACCUGUCCCAUGCCGUCUAUGGGCCAGAGGCGACUAAGAGCAGCGGGGGCUCCAUCUCUCUGGGUCGGCCUCGGCAGCAGGAUCCUAACAAGCCUGGAGCUGCAGUUCCAUCCAUACAGGAUGGCAGAGGCAACCAAGUGAAGAUGGGCGACGGUCAGGCUGUGAGAGGAUCAAUCACUCAGGGCACACCAGCCCUGCCCCAGUCCAGUAUUGCCGCAGACCUCCUGAAGAGCACAAUCACAAAGCUGGCCACAGAGGACCUGAGCAGCUCAGACAAGGCGCGGGGAGAACAGCUGUCUAAGGGUCAGGUCAUCUAUGAAGGCAAGAUUGGUCACAUCCUCUCCUAUGAAGCUAUCAAGAACCCUCGAGAAAACACCCGCAGCCCCAGAACAGGCCAUGAGCUCAAGCGCUCUUACGACAUGAUGGAGGGGCCGAUGGGCAGGGGACACCCUGGCAGGGAAGGAGCUCCAUUUGAGGGACUGAUGAGCAGAGCCUUGCCCAGAGAAGGUGUACAUGGAGAUUCUCAGGAAAGACCAAUGAUGACAGGAUCUAUCAUGCAAGGAACACCUAGAACCGCUGCGGAGACUUAUGAAGAUGCCAUGAAAUAUGGAAAACAGAUAAAGCGAGAGAGCCCACCGAUCCGCUCCUUCGAAGGAGGUAUUGGCAAGGGCAAGCCCUACGAGGGAGGCAAUACUAUCAAAGAAAUGGGACGCUCCAUUCACGAAAUCCCCAGACAAGAUCAGUCCGGCCUGGACAUCUGCAAGACCCCUGAGCUGGACAGGAGGGUUAUGGAGGGAUCCAUGUCCCAGAUUCACCCUCUCAACCAGUCGGCUAUCAAGCACAAUGUCAAGCCCCUCAUCACCAGUCCUGCUAAGCUUCCCCACAACAUGCCCCAGCUCGAGGCCAUGGAACGAGCCAAAUACGAAGAGGGCAAGGCAGUCCGCCACACUGUGGUCAACUCCACCGCCUCUGUCCUGCGCUCCACACAUCAGGAGGCCAACAAAUCCCAGCUUAGCCCAAGCAUGUAUGAGGACGCCAACGCUCGCAGGACCCCAGUUAACUACAGCACCAAUCCUGUGUCCAGAGGAUCACCCAUGUUGGGACGUACACCAGAAGGUGCAAAAUCUGUUGCACAUGAAAGAAAGAGUGCCAUGACCCCGACACAGAGGGACAGUGUCCCGGCCAAGUCCCCGGUGUCGGGAGGUGACCCCGUAGCCUCUCACAGCCCCUUCGACCCCCACCACCGGCCUGUCGGACCCGGGGAAGUGUACCGACCCCACCUGCCUCCACAUCUGGACCCCUCCCUGACCUUCCACAGAGUGCUGGAUCCUGCGUUCAUGUUCCCCAGGCAACCAUCUCCAACAGGGUACCACAACACCUACCAGCUGUACACCAUGGAGAACACGCGGCAGACAAUCCUCAACGAUUAUAUCACAUCCCAGCAUAUGCAAGGCAUCCGACCUGACAUGGCCCGAGGGUUGUCACCACGGGAACAGCCCGUCGCUCUCCCUUACCCAGCCGGAGCUCGAGGGAUUAUUGAUCUAGCCCAGAUGCCUCCAACUAUCCUGUUGCCUCACCCUGGGGGAACAGGUACUCCCACUUUGGAACGCAUCGCCUACCUCCCUGGAGCUCAGCCCCCUUUCCCUCCUAGGGCUUUCAACCCAACCUCCAUAUCGCCAGGCCACCAAGCCCACCUGGCCGCUGCAGCUGCUGCCAGUGCUGAGAGGGAACGAGAGAGGGAGCGCGACCGGGAGCAGCAGGAGAAAGAGAGAGAAAAGGAAAGGGAAAGGGAGCAGCGAGACAGGGAGCGGGAGCGGGAAAUGCGAGAACGAGAGCGGGAGCGAGAGAGAACCAAUGAAUACAUCAGAGGAGUUUUGUGUUUUUCAGGUGUUCAGGAGCAGCCGGGGCGGCCAGGGAGUCGGAGUUAUUUGCACUCCCCCUCGCCCUCGCUCAGGACACAGGAGGUAGUUGUUCAGCAGCGGCCGAGCAUCUUCCAGGGAAAGAGUGUCAUCACCUCUCUGAUGCCUCAUUCAGCAGCAGCGACAGCAGCAGCACAGAGCAACUCUCGCUACAGUGCAGCUGAUGCUCUGGCUGCUCUGGUGGACGCUGCAGCCUCCGCCCCGCUGAUGGACGUGGCCAAGGGGAAGGAGAGUAAACACGAGCGGGAGGAUGAAAUGGCUGCAGCUCGGCGAGCAGCCAGCCUGUCGGAGCAGCAACAGCAGGAGGCAGAUAGGCGCUCCAUGCAGUCACCGUAUGGAGCGAUGUCCCUGCCAGGGGGAAAGCCCCAUCCAGCUUACUCUGAGGGCCCUGGAGCCGGGGGUAAGGAUAAGGGCCCACAAAGCUCAAAGUCCCGCAUCGAAGAGGAACUUCGUACUCGUGGAAAGACAACUAUCACAGCCGCUAACUUCAUUGAUGUCAUCAUCACGCGGCAGAUCGCCCCGGACAAAGACUCACGAGAGCGAGGCUCUCAGAGCUCCGACUCAUCGAGCAGCUUGUCAUCCAAUCGAUAUGAUAACACCGGUGGAGGAGCCAUUGAGGUGAUAAGCCCUGCUAGUUCCCCAGUCCAACCCCAACAGGAAAAACCAGAGGAACAACAACAACAACAACAACAACAACAACAACAACAACAACAGGCAGCAGCAGGUAUGCGGAGCUACGACAUGAGUCGUUACCGGCAACCAGCGGAGCCACCGCAACCCCAGCAGACUCACCGGGUCAUGACCUUAGCAGACCACAUUUCGCAUAUCAUAACCCAGGACUUUGCCAGGAAUCAGGAUCCUGCUCCUGUCUCCUCCUCAGCUUCGGCCACAUUCCAGAGCGUGGUGCCAACCGUGUCCUCUUCUGGGCGAGCCAAGAUGGCCAGCCGCUACAGUCCUGAGAAUCAGAUCCAGGCCCCACACCACCAGAGACCCUCCAACAGAGUUUCUCCAGAGAAUGCCCCUGACAAGCCCAGAGCUAGGCCUGGUAAAUCUCCAGAGCGAGGGGGCCGGCAGAUGGAGAACUACGAACCCAUCUCUCCACCACAGAGCUACCAAAGCAUGGACAAACAGGACGCUGUCGGGGGUCCACCCCAGAGGCGAGAAGAAAACACAGAGAUCAGGAGCGACUCGCGGUCCCCGGGGAGUGUCAGCUACUUGCCCUCUUUCUUCACCAAGCUGGAGAACACCUCGCCAAUGGUGAAAUCCAAGAAGCAGGAGAUCUUUCGUAAGUUGAACUCCAACUCUGGUGUUGGUGAUUCUGAUGUUGGAAACGCCCAACCUGGCACAGAGAUUUUCAACUUGCCUGCUGUUACCAGCUCCAGCAGCAUCAACCCCAGGAAUCACUCAUUUAGUGACCCAGCCAGUAACCUGGGACUGGAGGACAUCAUCCGCAAAGCCUUGAUGGGAAACUUGGAGGAGAGACCAGACGAGCACCAGGGAGGACUCAACAACACGACCGGCACAGGCAGUGAUGCCCGCCAGGAGUCCAACCCGUCCCCAAGUAUGGGGAAGCAGAAGCAGGGCAAAGCCAACAGCCGUAAAUCCAAGUCACCUAACCUGGGUCAGGCCUACGCUGGAGGGGAGCGUCCCUCUUCAGUGUCCUCCGUCCACUCCGAGGGAGAUUAUCACAGACAGGCCCAAGCCCAGGCCCAGUGGACCUGGGACGACCGACCUUCAUCCACAGGAUCAAUGCAGUUCCCGUACAACCCGCUGACCAUGCGCAUCCUGAGCAACACGCCUCCCACCUCCAUAGCUUCCCCCUCCAUACAGAGCCAGCAGCAGCAGCAGCAGCAGCAGCAGCAGCAGCAGCAACAACAACAACAACAGCAGCAGCAGCAGCAACAGCAACAGCCGCCUCCAGCUGGAGCCCCGGUGGCCCAGCAGCAGCGCGUGUGGCAAUCUCUGCUGUCAGAGCAAUACGAGACCCUGUCUGACAGCGACGACUGAACUCUGCUCGCUACAGCCCCAAAAACCCAAAGAGAGGCCUGCGCUAAAGGCUUGUCUUUUCACCCCCAUCUCCCGGAACUAUCCUCGCUCACUGGCGAGUGUGACAAAUAGAUUGGGUGGUGUCCUUUUUAUUUUUGGUGCUUUGGCGCCCCCUGGCUGUUAGCUGAGAGUACAAGCGGCAGCCUGUGACAGGCAGGGCUCUCCAGAACGAGACUGGCUUUGGUCUGGAAGCACUCACCCAGCCUGUUGAGGAAAAUAAACAAAACUCGACAGAGGGGAGGACGUGAGCUAUAGUAAAGAUGAAGAACUUAAUAUGUAAAAAGAAACAACAUAAAAGACUAUUUCUGAAUUCUUAUUUUGAUUUCUGUAAAGAUAUACCUUGUCUUUAAGAAAAUCAUUGUAUGUAAAUAGAGUAACCUUUUGCAGUGUUUUUCUUAACUUGAUUAUUUCUUAUUUUAAUGUCGCUUUUAAAUUGAUCCACUUUAAAUGGGAAGAGUAGGGGUGAAAUCUUUAGUAUCACAGUCGGUCUCUCCCAGUCCACCCCCACCCCACGUGACCUGACACCCACUCUUAAUAUUUUUAUUACCAUAGUGACGCUGAGAGAGACCGGACCUUUGGUUUGUACUUGACCAUGAGUGGAGCACAGAGCUUGUGCCACCCCUGCGCGCCAUCCACCAAGCACCACCAGAGCCUGAACAUCGUGGACAUUUCGAGGAUGAAACAAAAACACAGACUAACAUUUCAAAACCCGCGAUGAUAUUUGAUGCCUGUCUUUGCAUCGCAGUGGAGAUGAUGCUUGGAUAAGUAACUAUCAGAUGGUAGAGGUAACUUCUCAGACAACGUUCUAGACAAAGAAAUGUCUUCAAAACAAGUUGAGAACACUGGUGUCACAGCAGAAAGGUGAAAAGUCUGAUAUAAGCUUAAUUUUUGCCAGAAAAGAUAUCCUUAUGACUACUCCUGGACCCCGUCUGAAUAAUGAAAGUGAGCCAAUGUUUUUUUUUCUUCAAUAGAGCUGACCAUGGUGUGUCACAUGUAGCUGUCUCUCUCUGCAGUUUCCAACCUGUCCAGAAUGAUCUGCUCUGCAAUGUUGUCAUGGUAAAAAAUAGUUUGUCAGGUUUUGCCAUGCCUUGUGACUUGAGAAAGAAGGCAGCUUUAACUAAUUUUCUCAGAGAUAUACGUUGGUGUUUGAUGUUUGUAUUUGUUUCUGUAGUCCCUCUUCUUUUUUCUUUUUUUUUUUGAUACUGUCCUGACAAGAAUCUGAACUCUGUAAAUUGUCUUUCCAUUACACAAAAGACAAAACUAACCAAACAUAAAGAAUGGUCUGCACCAUUGUUGCACUUUUUUGCUUUGUAGCUUUUGACAAAAAAAAAAAAAGCAUACUACCUGCUGUGUAACUUAUUCAACCUCCAGCACAGGAGUAUACUAAGAUGUGCUUUAACUUUUUCCCACCACUCAGAAAUCUGGAUGUUUUGACUUCCUGUCUUUUCUUGUAGCUGGUACAUGAGUUUGUAGUGUGACACUUGCAUCACAGUUACAGUUUUAAGUGUUAUGGUACCGUUAAAUGUUUAGGAGUGUGCCGUCAUGGUGAUUCAAAAACCGUGACCACUUAAUCUCUGCUUUCAUUGUGUCAAUCAACAGGCAUAAAGCUUUGAAUAUUAAUUAUUAUAGGUCAACUUCAUAAAUGGCAGUAACGUUCCUUUGCAAGUAUGUGAAAAAUACACCAUAUUUUGGCUUUUUAGCUUUCACUUUGCUCAGUUAACAAAUUCAUUCUGCUCUAAACUUGAUAUUUCCUUUUCUUCCUUUCAUUUUGAUUUUGAAUCAUUUGUCGCUAGCACAUGUUCAGAUUUUUAUUUUCUGUCAUUUUCAACAUCUUUGUUAUUCAUCCUGUUUUAGAUGGGAUGUUAUGUGUUUACAAAAGGCAAUGACAAAAAAAGUUUACAAACUUGAAUCUUAACGAAAUCCGACAUGAAGCCGAAAAAGAAUUGGAGCAUCUUUUCAGCUCUCUAUCAAACACACAGUGGUGACUUUUUUUGUCUUUUUGAAAUUGAGACUUGAAAACCCGUGUAUCCUAUGAUGUUGAAAUGCAAUGUUUGUAUCGCACAAUGUCUCUUAGUAGGCUAUUACAAGAGUUCAGACCAAUCAAAUAAAGUGGAUCAGUUCUCCACCACUGAAA